AUGUCCAAUCGAGAAUCAAGAGAAGACUCUAAUAAUUCUCGUCCAAAGCAAUUCGAGUUCAUUGUCUUAUCUGGCGAUGACACGGGCAGAGAUCCAGAGACCCGGAGACGAGUCCGCAGCGUCGCUCAAGCCAAUUAUCGCCGUCAGCAUCCCUAUGAGCGGCGUCAGACAGCCGUGGAACUCGACAUAACUCCCUUACUCGAUGGUUCGCUCCAUAACUUCAAUACUUCAUUAAUGCGAAGACUUGCUGGACCAACAACUCUGCUAGAUGCGAGUCGCUCCGAUCCGUUCCAGUCCUUUGGAUUGGGAGGCGAUCGUCGAGCCCAUCGCCUCUGGGAUCACAUGUAUGAUGGCACAUGCCCCAAAUUCAACACGCUAGUUCAAAUCGGCUUCGUGGAUAUCGCUCGAGAGACAAUAGCGCUAUCACAAAUGCUCUCUGCAUCUGCGUGGCAUCUCGUUCAUUGGCUGGGCUGCGAGAGCGAUACAGGAGAAGACGCCCGGUAUUCUAUGAUAUCCACGCAAAAUCUCCAGCAGAGAUUGAAUAGUGUCGCAACUGGUGCGAGUGACGAGGUUGUCAUUGCCGUUCUGACAUCAGCGGCGUAUGCGAAUUUGAUCAAAGAGCCUGGGAUCUUCCAGGUCCAUAUGGAUGGCCUUGCGCGUAUCCUUCACCUCAGAGGCGGCGAGAAUUCAAUCCAAUCGCGCCCUCUGCGACUGGCUAUGUUCUGGAUCGAAGUCAACGGACGCUUUCGACAAGAUGCGGCGCCCCAGUACUCUCUCCCAAAUGAUAUCCUCUUUAGUCAAAGCAAACUAGACUUGACAUUAUUCAAUAUGGCUAAACUCUCGUCCGGCUGUGUAAUACCCACUGUCGAACGAUGUGAUAUCUCCCAGUAUCUUUGCGACCAGUUGAAGCAUCUGAAUGAUAUAGUUGCAGCGGAAAUAUUGACGUAG